AUGGAAACGUUUGAAGACGAACGAGACGAGGAGGUUGCAGCAAUCGCCGUUCAAUUCCAGGCAUCCAAUCACGUUGCUCACUCACGGGUUCCUGGAACAUGGACAGACGCCGUGGCUGCUGGUCCAGAAAUUAAGGAGGAGCUGCUGAAGUCGAGAGACCAGAACGUAGUGGUAUUGAGCUGGUUCGGGGGAUCCGGACCAACAUACAAUCAAGCCGUGGCCAAUAUCCGGCUAAUCGGAGUCAUGGGUGCUCAUUUCCUAGCCUUCCUCGCCAGGGAGACUGGAGUACGAAUACAGGAGAUGCACGUUGUGGGUCAAAGCCUGGGAGCUCACGUGGCCUCGUACGUCGGAUCCGCGCUAAAGGACUUGCGACAGGGGAAUCUGGGUCGCAUCACCGGCCUCGACCCGGCUGGACCCCAGUUCGAACACACGGAUCCCCUGGUCAGACUCGAUCCAGAGGAUGCCCUCUUCGUGGAUGUCAUUCACACCGACGCUACUCCUCUCGCAGCAGGAGGAUUUGGGAUGCUCCAACCGAUGGGUCACGUAGAUUUUUAUCCCAAUUUCGGGAGUCGCGUGCCGGGAUGUGAGCUGUCGCUUCCGGAUACUCUCCAGAAAGAAAACAGUUCUUUUGUCUACGGUUUAACUCGGUACCUGUUUUGCAACCACUUGAAGGGCAUCAACUACUUCAUCGAAUCCAUCAAUUCUCCCUGUCCUUUUGUCGCCUAUCAAUGCUCCAAUUGGUUCGAAUUCGAGCGAGGAGGCUGUACGAGUUGUGGCCAGAGGGGAGAAAAGUGCGGUCAAAUGGGAUACCACGCAAGGGAAGCAUGGAAACCAGAUUCCUUCAAGGGGAAAUCUCAGCAACUUUAUCUCUUCACCAGCGAUCUCCGUCCCCACUGCCGUACGAUUCAUUCCCGCUAUCACGAUGAAUCUCUUUACCCAUAUGUUAAUGGACUGACGCGGAUGAUGCUGAAUAGAGGUGAUUACUCUGACAGGGGAUUGCGCGUCAAGCAUGGUCAGGGAUUCAGUUUCCUGGUCCCAUCUCCUGAGAUAGGGGAAAUCGAGGAGAUUCUCGUGGAAUGGGAACACGAAGAAAAGACCAGGAAAGCUAAGAAAAAGCGAUCGUUAUCUCAAACCAGGAUAGUCAUCGACCGAGUCGUAGUCCAAACCCUCGAGCGCCGUGCCAAGGUGGCUUUCUGCGGCCGGGGUCGAGUGUUGGUGUCUGGGGAGAGGAUGACGAUGAGACGGAAUGGCAGUGGAGGAUGCCUGGAGAAAGCCUUACCCAUGGAGAAUCAGUCACUCAAGGGAUCCCUUUUUAACAUCCGACUGCGGGAAAAUAUCGAGGAAUUCCUUCGAAGAGGCGAAUCCGCGAUCCCCUUUUUUUAA